AUGGCACCCAGCACACUCUCCCUGGAAAUCCUAACACCCAAAGAGAAGAACAGACUCAGGAAACCCAUUGUAGAAAAGCUGCGGCGUGACCGGAUUAACAGCAGCAUCGAGCAGCUGAAACUGCUCCUGGAGAAGGAGUUCCAGAGACACCAGCCCAACUCCAAGCUGGAGAAAGCUGACAUCCUGGAGAUGACUGUCAGCUACCUGAAAUACAGCCGAGCUUUUGCAGCAUCUGCCAAAAGCCUACAGCAGGAUUAUUGUGAAGGGUAUGCCUGGUGCCUCAAGGAAGCUCUGCAGUUCCUGUCUCUCCAUUCAGCAAACACAGAAACCCAGAUGAAGCUGAUCUGCCACUUCCAGAGGUCACAAGCAGUGCCUAAGGACUCUGGUUCUUCUCUACCUGCUUCCACACACCAGCCCCCAGCAAAACAAGCAGCACUGAAACCCUCCUGCAGCCUCUGGAGGCCUUGGUAG